CGCAGUUCCAUUUCUGCACAGGAACUCCUCUGACAGACUUUGUGUGUUGUAUUGCAGGCUUUUAGUCGUUAUGUGCUGAUUUAAUAGAUACCAAAAACACUUCUCGAAAGACAAGAAUAGCAAAGCUACAAAUGGGUGAAACGUUCAGCUCUAAUUUACCGGUCAGACGGACUGGUUCAUUUCCUAAAUCGGGUUGGGAUUCAACUGGACCUGACGUACCUAUUCCUCUGGACAUCCUUGAAGAAAUCUUCCUAAAUCUGCCUGCCCAACAGGUAGUCUGUGUGUGCCGGUUAGUUUGCCAUCAGUGGAAAGAUGUGGCAGAUAACGAGUCUUUCUGGAGAGAAAGGUGUAGAAGAGAGGGCUACCACCCGCGUAAUCCUUCCAAAGUACCAAGGGACUGGAGGUUGUUUUACUUCAUGAACAAGAACAGGAGAAAUCUAAUAACAAAUCCAAGAGGAGAAGCUGGACUGGAUGGUUGGAAUAUAAUAAAGAAUGGUGGUGAUGGAUGGAGAGUAGAAAAACCGAUGGCACCGCACCCAAAUGCAGAAAUACAAACCAACUUUGUGACUUCUUUCAGUAUGUGUACAAAGUCACAGCUAAUUGAUUUAAAGAAGGAAGGUUACAGCCAGGCUUUCAUGGAUGAAUUCCAGCCCCAUAUCAGGGUGUCUGACUGGUAUGCACCGCGCUGUAACUGUGAAUACAACAUAUCUGUGAAGCUGCUGAGAAGCAACAGGAAAGUUAUUCAAGAAUUCACUCCUGGUACUCUUUACCUACCUGAGAGCGAGAAUCACAGGUGGCAACAGAUGAUCCAUGUGUUUAAGGACUAUGGACCAGGAGUGAGAUAUAUCUAUUUUGAACAUGGCGGUAAAGAUCAGGUGUUCUGGGCUGGAUGGUACGGCAUCCGCUUAACAGAAACAUGUAUUGAAUUAUGCCCGGCAUGUGACACAUAGCUUUAUGAAGCCUUAUUAAAAAGUGAAAAAGUUUGUGAAAUAAACAUUAUAAUCCUUUUUUUGAUCAUCAUGCCAAAAUUGAUGUCUGUAACAGAGAUUACAGGGCACUAAGAGAUGAGGUAAUCUAAGUAGAAGCAUGUGUCGUAAAUAUAAAGACUGCAAAUUACAUAGUGCCUGGAUAUAUAUGUACUGAUUUUAAGAAAUGCUUUUUGUAUACAACCGCUUUCAAAAUCUUGAUUUUUAGUUUGUCUAAAACAUUCAUGUAUCUAUAACUGAGUCUGCAUAUAUAUAUAUAUAUUAUAUAAUAGUUUGUUUUUUGGAAAUUGGAAAGAAACCAAAUCUGCUUGUUCUUUGAACUACAAAUCUUAAUUUAUCCCCCCCCCCCACACACACACAUAUUACACAAUGUAACAUCAAAUCACAGAAUGUUUACUUUGAAGAUUUUGUCAUAAUACUGGUUUAUUGUUGUGCCUUUUAUCGCAAACAAGAUACAGUACAACGUUUUCAAGUUGAAUACAAUUAAAGACAUUUUUCAGGUUA